UGGAACAACUUCAAAGUGCUGACUGAGUGCAAAUCGGUAGUAAGGGGUCGUUACCUGCACAAGUUAAUGUGAUUAUAGUAGCCAAAGUUGUGGCAGGCGUCGCGCUCCUGCGUCAGACUUUACGCACCAUGCGCCCUGUGUGACUGGAAGCUCUGUGAUUUGGCAUCUCUAUGCGCGCAGAGAUGUUGCAUCCGGAGACAGUGCCUGAAUGAAGAUAACCCACGCUCACUGUGGAUUCAUACUGUCACGCUGACUUGGACUUCAGACUUCGUUCUGUACACUACUUAAGAUUUAAGAAAAAAGCACAACUUUCUUCCCCUGGUUCUUCCCUUGCUUACUGUCAGUCACCUCAGGCACUCCUGCCCUCACCCUGAAGGAGCCCCUGUAUUGCAGCAAUGCCAAAGAACACAAAGGUGACCCAGCGAGAGCACAGCAAUGAGGCAGUCACUGAGUCAGUGGCUGACCUGCUGUCCCUGGAGCACCCUAUGGACUAUAAGAGCAGUCAGAUCAGCAUGGGUCUGAGUCCUGGCUCCACAGCACCAGGGAAGGCCCUGCUGCCCUCUCCUGACCCGGACGCUGAAGACGGCAGGCCAGCCUGGAACAACAAGCUGGAGUACAUCCUAGCCCAGGUGGGCUUCUCUGUGGGCCUGGGUAACGUGUGGAGGUUCCCCUAUCUGUGCCAGAAGAAUGGAGGAGGUGCUUACCUGGUGCCCUACUUUAUCCUCCUGCUCCUCAUCGGCAUUCCCUUGUUCUUCCUGGAGCUGGCAGUGGGUCAGAGGAUCAGGCGUGGCAGCAUUGGGGUAUGGAACUAUGUCUACCCACAGCUGGGAGGCAUCGGGGUCUCCAGUCUGAUGGUUUGCGGUUUUGUGGGCCUCUACUACAAUGUGAUUAUCGGCUGGAGCAUCUUCUAUUUCUUCCAGUCUUUCCAGUUUCCACUGCCUUGGGCUGAGUGCCCCAUUGUGGUAAACGGAACCCAAGCCAUCGUUGAGCCGGAGUGUGAGAAAAGCUCGGCCACCACUUACUUCUGGUACCGCAAGACUCUCAACAUCACCAGCUCCAUCGACGACACAGGCGGCCUCAACUGGAAGAUGACCUUGUCCCUGCUGGUGGCCUGGAUCCUGGUCUGCCUUGCUGUCAUCAGGGGCAUCCAGUCUUCUGGGAAGGUGAUGUACUUCAGCUCUCUUUUCCCAUAUGUGGUACUUUUCUGCUUUCUGGUGCGAGGUCUGCUGCUGAAGGGAGCCGUGGAUGGCAUCGCUCAUAUGUUCACCCCCAAGCUGGAAAAGAUGUUGGAGCCACAGGUGUGGAGAGAGGCAGCCACGCAGGUCUUCUUUGCUCUUGGUCUGGGCUUCGGAGGUGUCAUUGCUUUCUCCAGCUACAACAAGCGAGACAACAACUGCCACUUUGAUGCUGCGCUUGUCUCGGUCAUUAACUUUGUCACCUCCAUCUUGGCCACUUUAGUCGUGUUUGCUGUCCUGGGGUUCAAGGCAAAUGUCAUGAAUGAGAAGUGUGUUGUCGACAAUGCAGAGAAGAUCCUGGGCUAUCUGAACACAGGCGUGCUGAGCAAAGAACUCAUCCCUCCUCACAUCAACUUCUCCCACCUGUCGACCCAGGACUACGCAGAGAUGUACGGCGUCAUUAAGACGGUGAAAGAGGAAAGCUUUGGCCAGCUGGGCCUGGACGCCUGCCUGCUGGAGGACGAACUCAACAAGGCGGUUCAGGGCACCGGCCUCGCCUUCAUCGCCUUCACAGAGGCCAUGACACAUUUCCCCGCCAGCCCCUUCUGGUCCGUCAUGUUCUUCUUCAUGCUCAUCAACUUGGGUCUGGGAAGUAUGAUCGGAACAAUGACCGGCAUCACCACACCCAUACUGGACACUUUCAAAAUCCGCAAAGAGAUUUUGUGUGUUGCCUGCUGUGUCAUCGCCUUUCUGUUAGGCCUGCUGUUUGUGCAACGUUCAGGAAACUACUUUGUCACCAUGUUUGACGACUACUCUGCUGGUUUGCCUCUCACUAUAGUGGUGAUCCUGGAGAACAUCUCUGUGGCCUGGAUCUACGGCACCAAGAGGUUCAUGCAGGACCUGGAGGACAUGCUUGGGUUCAGACCGUACGCCUUCUAUUAUUACAUGUGGAGGUAUGUGUCACCAGCUGUCCUAGUGGUGCUCAUUAUUGCCACUGUCAUCGAGAUGGCCGUCAGUCCUGCAGGAUACAAUGCCUGGGUGGAGGCUGAGGGUGCAGAGAGAUUCCAUAGCUACCCUCCCUGGGCAUUAGCCAUGGCCUAUGCUCUUAUUGUGGCAGCCAUGCUGCCUUUACCCCUCGUCUACUUGGCUCGCCACUUCAACCUGAUCUCAGAUGGCUCCAACAAGCUGUCUGUCUCCUACCGUAAAGGCAUGAUGAAGGACAUGUCCAACCUGGAGGAGCAGGACGAGCAGCGCUUCAUCCUCAGCAAGAACCCCAGUGAGGCUCCUUCUCCCAUGCCCCCUCAUCGCACCUUCCUGAGCCCUGGCGGCGCCCAUGAGAUGACCAACACCAACUACGGCACCAGCACCAAGACAGGCUACCAGAACAUUGGCUCACCUGAGUCAGAGCUAUGAUCAUCUGAGCUCACAGAUCUUCCCAGUCCUUCAAACCCCGGUUUACUCAGAGAGGGAGAUGCAGUAAGAAAGGGAGGAACAGAGGAGGUCGAGAGAAAAUCCACUACUGCUCGCUGCAGCGUUCAUCACACCUUAACCCGCAGAGCUGAGUCCCUCCAUCACCCCUUUUUCUGCUCCAUCACUCAUAGUCUGUGGUUCUGCCCCUAGGAACCAUGCUACUCGCUGCCUGUUGAAUCCCCCUGUAAUGAAGGGAUCAUGGGAAAGAGUCCCAUCUGAUGCAACCUUUUCCGUCUGUCUGCACAGUAGAGAGCAAGGGAUUUAGGGAGAAGAGGACAGAGUGAAGCGUAUAAAGUUUACUUUGAGGGCUCAGAUUCAGGCUGUCUCAUAAGCUCUGGCUGAGGUUAAGGUGUGUGCAACGCCCCAGAUUUACGCCAUACUGAACCAUAGAAGUCUGUUAUUUGUUCAAAGGAGGUUACUUUUGAGACUGUUGGGUGUUCCUAAAUCCAGGGGAUCAUCGGUUCAGUUGUAGAUGAUUGUUAUUUGUGGAGAAAGAAUGGAAGGAGACUCACUCCAUGAUUUCUUAUCAAAAAAACACAUAGAGAUUAUUCCAUAACAUUAUGAGAUGAUGAUUUUGAUGGUGUAAACAGUGUUACAAGCACACUACAUCUCUAAGUUAAUUGUGCCUAUCAUACAUCAGCAAUAAUUUUCAGUCAGUUCUCUUAAAAAUCUGGAUCUCCUUCUAUUCUUACUUUUCCACUCAUGUGGAAUAUUGUAAAUAUUUGUUGUGCAAUAGUCUUAAGAUGUCAACGUAAAUUGUGUUUAUAAACUGCAGAUGUGCAAAGUUAGGGGAAAGUUUUCCACCUCUUCAUUUUUCUUUGUGAUCACAAAAAGCACAGACGUCAGACAUGGUUGGAGCGUCUCUGAGCCUUAACACAGAGCCGCACUUUUCCUUUUAAACAUCCACUCUCACAUCAUAUCUGUGCUAUUCUAGUCGCAGCUGAACCACACAAAGCUUUUCCAUUUUAAUCAAUUAUUUCAAUCAAGUGUUUCCAUUUUAAUCAAUGCCUUGGAAAGGCUGGGACGGGGGUGCACGAGCAGAGAUAAGCUUGUGUUUCGAUAAGCUUCAUACUGUGUGUGUGUCAGAUCGGAGAAGGAACUGUAAAUGUGAGAUGUUUUUCCUUGUGUAUUAGAAGUGUGUGUGUGUGUGUUGUCUGUAUGAGAGCCCCGGUGACCCUGGUGCUUUAAAAAUAGAACAGCGUUACCCAGGGGAAGCCGUGGCAACAAGGCACAAUAGAGACAGAUCCUCUUGUGAUGUGGAGGAGGAGGACAAGGAGAGCGGACACCUCGCUAUGCCUGCUUCACCUGCACGGCUGUUUGUGCAGAGACACAGGAGCGAGACGUUUACUGUUCUUCAUGAACAUUUCUCUGAUGUUGUAACACUGCAUUGAUCUAGAGGUUCACUGCCAUGUGGAUUUAUCAUACCUUGUCUCCAAAAGGAGGAUGUUUGGGUUUAAUUGUUGUACAUUCCUGAUAUCAAACAUCUUUUCAUAAGCACUACAAUUACACUUUGAUGUCUUUUUGUGAACUGAGGUGAAAAACUAAAACCUGAUUUAUUUUUAUGUAUAACCUUGUAAGACAAUGUAUGUUUAAGGGCAUAAUGUGGAAAAUGUGAUGUGAUCGAUGUUUGGCAUAAGUGGUAAUAUACAGGUUUCACCACGAGGGGGCUCUGAAGGACAGUAGAGGAGGAAAUGCUCUCUUGGUGUUGUUGCCCCUCCCUGAAACAACACCAAUACUUGAGACUGAGCAGAUGUAGUGAAGCACAGUCAGUCACAUUGUUUGGUGCCUGAAAAGCAUCUCUGUUGUCUGUUUGCCUUAUGCUUUGGUCAUUUUGUUCUCUGGGUUAUGCAGUUUGUGCAGAGUUUGGACCAACGUCUUGUCUCAUUCACUUGAGCACUUUAUUUAGUUAGAGACCCUGGAGUUGAUUUUUAAGGAUCUGGCAACUGUGGUGUGGAGUUUAAAGAUAGAUUAAAUGAAUACGAUCCCAGAAUUUGAAUUUCUUGGCAUUACAUUCCAAGAGAGACUUUGCUAAAUGUCCCUCUGAAAGGCAUCUGGUAUCUUGUCUAUUAGUGAACAUGAUCUGUAUGAUGAUGCAAUGAUACAUGGAGUGAUAUGUACAUAUCUACAAACACUGUACCCGAUUUUCCACAGAUGGUACAACUGAAACUAAUGAUUAUCACAUAUUCUCUAAUGAUAACAACAGUUAUAAAUUAAGGGGUUAGUGAAAUGACAAAAUACAACAGUACACAGUUAAACCAAAAUAAUUUUAAAAUGAAGUCAUCUUCCCAGCAUGCUGUCAUUCUAAAUCAAGGGAGAGGUGUUUUCUGACCAUCUUCUCUUCAUGAUGAUACAGAUCAACAAACUAACAAUUUCUUGAAUUGUCUGUAAGUACCAGAUUAAAAUUAUCUUUCAUCUACAGUUUGGAAUGCAGACAUACAGAUCUACCACAACAGCAUGCACAAGAGGCCAGAUAUUUUUAUAGCAAUGGACCAGCUACACAAAUGGCACAUAAUUGGAGGUGGCACGACUGAACUCACCUGCAGAUUUGUCUUAAAGCACAUUGGCAUAAGCACAGGGCAGAGAGCACAAAGGAGAGAAUUUCACUGGUUUAUAAACACUGCACUGUGUGAGUCCUGCAACCUCCGAGGGGUCACUGCAAGAUUAGGUUGCACACUGAAAUGCACUGCUGUCUGCACAAGAAGCUAAAGGGUACAGUUUGUUUAUUUUUCACCUGAAAUACAGCUAGCAUCUGCUCAAGGAGUACUUGAGUAAUGUCAGAGCACACUGAAAACACAUGACUUUAUUAGGUCCUUUGGAAACAGCAGCAUGCACGUUUUAUCAGGAAGUAGAACUUCCAGGUAUGGGUGCCGUACAGGGAGAGAAAUUUAGGACACAAUGACGGACCCUAACCCUAAAAGAUAUAAGAACAUCUGUGGUAGUGAAGUGGUAGGCCCAGUGGGAUAUUCUUCAUGAUUCUCAAAACUCCCUGCGAUGCCCCAGCUUCCAGGCUCAGCACUUCUUGCAUCUAAACUCUUCCGAUCGCUGCACACUUGAAAAAUGUCUUCUAAUGUUGGUUGGAUUAAAAUAGCAUCUACUUAUAAGUGAAAGCGACAACUCCAACUCCAGGGUCUCUUUGUCUUGUCAAUGUGUCGACUGUGUUGCAUUAUGUACUUCAAGGCAACAUGAGGAGGUUAACCCAGUUAAAAAACUGAGAUUAACUCAUUUAAAGUAGAGGAAAAGUGUGUUUAUUUAACCGUGCAGAUAGUCUAUAUGUGACCAAAACCCAUAGUUAUAUUUAUAGUAUUUAAGAGGAUGUAUUUAAUCUGUACAUAUUGAUGUACAUUCUGAUAAAUUCACACUGAGUAUCUAUAGUGAGAGUGACCGGGUGUAUACUCGAGCUGUAAAUAAUAAUUGUAUAUUUUGAGAUAUUUUUUGAUUUUUGUACUGUAGGUAAAGUUACUUUAGUGUCUGUUGGUUUCCAGUGUUAGUGAGUGGUUGUUCUGGCUGUGACUAUGUGUGUGUGUGAGAGUGUGUGUUUCUGUGUGGAUGUGUGUGUGUUAAGUAAAGGUAUAUGUAGGUUUUGGUAUUUAAAUGUGUGUUUUUUUUUCUCCUCUCUCAGUGUUGUGUGCUGCUGAUCUAAUCUGGUAGAUUAAAUCCUGUUGUUACAGAGAACUGGGACCACUAAUGUAAGCAAUCUCCUCUCUGUAGUUCUUACUGAAACUACAAGCGGCGUUCAGCACAAAACUGGCAACACAAUCUAAAGACUGUGACUUUGACUAAAAUAAAGAGCAGAACUUGUAUUUGUGAAAGACAGUAAUGGACUGUAGGAACAUGAUGGAGCAAACAGGAAAUUAAAAUAAUCACUUUUAUGAAA